AAAAAAAAAACAUAAUUAAACACACAAGGAGUUAUUUAGAGAUUCGCACAACAGGUAUUAUUUACAAAAACGAAAAUCAUAAGCAUGGCCCACACACCGAUAGAUGAAGUCUUCAAAAGGGGGUUCAUUAAGUUUCCCGGCCAUCAUGGAAGAGACUGCUCAGACGUGAUGGAUUUUUUCAAUGGGCGUGGUGUCAACUACGAUAACGACAUGAAAAUUGUGACGUACACCGCUCCUGAAGUCGCCGCACAGAAAGCAGCUUCGCUUGUUUCAGAUAAGCAAAAGGAAAUCUUUAAAGUACUGGAUCUUGGAGCAGGUACGGGACUCGGUGGUGCCGCUCUCCGUCGUGCGGGUUUUCUUGGUGACAUGAGCGCGCUUGAUGGGUCAGCCGGAAUGCUCAAAUUUGCCAUGGAGAAAGGUAUUUACAGUGAUUCAACCGAACACAUUCUAACUUUAUCGAACCCACUUCCGUAUUCGGAUCAGUCCUUCGACAUGGCUAUCGGUGUCGGUAGUUUCGGAAAAGCUAUGAUGGAACCAGAUUGUCUACAGGAAGUUCUGCGAGUAUUGAAACCCGAUUCUUACAUAAUCGCCACAGUUCGUAUGUAUACCGAAAUUCAAGAUUACAAAGUUCGUUUUUACGCCGAACUUGAUCGACUUGAAGCUGCUGGUUUGAUUAAGGUUUGUUCGAGAGAGAAAUUCCUUCAUUACAAAUGGGAAGAAGUUUCAGAUAAGCUGAAAGGGGUGGCUUCUGAUCAAUAUGGUGAAGUGCUGGCGCUGCAGAAGCCUGCUGGGCUAAAUUAGAUAACAUUAAAACAACUGAAAAACUUUAGUUUGUUAUAAGCGUUGAAGCGAAAUGUUAUCUUAAACGCGAUUGAGAGGUUAAUUUAAUUAUCCAAUUCAAAAGACGUGCGAUAAAAUAAAAAAGACGUGUAUUAUAAAGCGCGCAAAUAUUGCUCGAGUGUGUGUGUAAAAGAUAUAUUCAUUACCCCCCCCCCCUCAUGUCAUUCUCAAGGCCAUUUCAAAGACAUCAGUUGUGCUAUGUAUACCUUACAAAUACGUUAUGUAUAAGUUGUGUAUUUAACGUUGUGUGCGUUUGCAGAUGUGGCGAAAUAAAGCCUAACAUUAUUAAAA